CCCAUUUAAUUUUUUUUGUAUAAGCUAGCAGAUAAUAAAUUAUAUGUAUAUGUAUGGUAAUAAUAAUUUCUUAUAGAGUUUUGUCAGAAAUAGUAACGUCUACGUAACUGUACUGUUCCUAUAAUUAAACCAUCGUGUCGGUGUACAGACCGUCAUAGUUCAGAAUCUAAAUGUCGAAGUUUUGAAGUGAUCCUAUCACGUAUUCAGUGUUUUACGUAUUAAUUUAUUAUUCUUUGAAAAUUACAAAAUUAAUAAAAUAUGUGAAGUGAAUUGAAAUAUGCACCAUCUUAGCACUCUGUUUAAUUUUAUUCUCAUUAUCUCCAUACUCGUGUGUCACAGUGUAUAGAGAACACACAGAGAUUUAAUUUUAAAACGACAUUAAAUAUUCAAUAAUUAAGAAAUCAUGGAAUAUCAAACGGAAGGCAUCUGCCCGAUCUGUAAUCAACGUGCAAUGCUGAAAUGUAACGGUUGCAAGCAACAAUUUUAUUGUAAAAAAGAGCAUCAGCGACAAGACUGGCCUAGACAUAGAUCAACUUGUCAACCAUGGGAGAUUCGUGAAAGCUCCGAACUUGGACGAUAUCUAGUGGCAUCAAGAGAUUUAAAUCCGGAUGACGUAAUCUUAUCAGAAUCACCUUUGAUUUGGGGCCCGGCAUUACAUUCAGAUCAAAGAGUUUGUGUUGGCUGCGGAAAACGAUGUAAGAGUAGUAGUACAAGAUGCACAAAAUGUCUUUGGCCGGCGUGUGAUGCGAAUUGUCCUGGUCUUACUGAUAAACAUAGACACGGUCUGGAAUGUUCUUUCCUUAUAAAAGCAAGGAUCAUUCCUAGGUGCGAUGUUCUUUUAGUAAUACGUAUGUUAGUAUUAUGGCGCACAAAAUCAAAAUAUUGGCGCUCUAUAGAAAAGUUACAAAGCCAUGAAGAUUCUCGUGGUCAAGGAACAGAUGCAUACGAAGAAACAAUGAAUAUAUAUGGGCAUAUUAAACGUUUUUUACCAGAUGACCUCUCUGGCGAAGAUAUUGUGCACAAAAUUUGCGGUUUAAUAGAAGUGAAUGCACUGGAAACUUUACCACCUGAGGGUUGCAUUGCGAUCUAUGAAACAGCAUGUCUUUUGGAGCAUUCUUGUUUAGCUAAUACAAGACACAAUUUUAAAAUCGAUGAUAAGGGCAGACCUCGAAUCAUUGUGAAAGCUACUUGUUCAAUAAAAAGAGGAGACCACUUGAGCACAAUGUAUACACAUGCACUUUGGACAACGAGGGCACGAAGAGCUCAUCUUUUAGAGACGAAGUAUUUUUCUUGUCAUUGUAAGCGAUGUGUUGAUCCAACAGAGUUGGGUACACAUCUCAGUACCUUAAAAUGUCCCCACGACAAAGGUCUUGUUUUACCUAAAGAUCCGCUAAAUUUUGAUUCACAAUGGGGAUGUAACUUAUGUCCUGGAAUUUUGACUGCAUCGGAAGUGAAGCAGUUCAUUGAUAAAUUGGAAGAGGAUGUCGAUGAAAUUAUGUAUGAGGCCAACAAGGAUAAAUUGAUCAAUCUUCUAUCUCGGCUAACUGCGCUGUUGCAUCCUGGGCAUCAACAGUGCAUAACUGUCAGCCAUUCAUUGAUUCAAUUACUACCUGCUGACAAUCCGAAAAAAGCGGAAUUAUGUAAACGUAUUAUAGAAACGACUAAAACAUUAGACCCUUAUGGUGCGAGAUUGGCGUUGUACACUGCAGUUGCAUUGAGAGAAUUGUCUACUUGUUCAGGAGAAGACAGAAAACGCCUUUUGUCAGAAGCAAUAUCGUUAUUGCAAUAUGAACCAGAGAAUUCGCCUGGUGAAAAGCUUCGAAUAUUAAUAGAAUCUGAAUUGUAACAGUUCUAUUUAACGUUUGAUAAGAUGGGCAUAAUAAAAUUUGGAUUGUAAAAGUUA